AUGUGGCCCGGUCUUAGGCUGCGCACAGCCUGCCUACAGGAGAUGCCUCUUCGAAGAGCACUCUAUACAGGCCGAAGCAGAAAUGCACGUUUCGGUCCUCGCGGCAGUAUAAACCGACCCCAGCGAAUUCAGCCCGUUCGAAGAGAUGCGCCAAAUGAACCAGAAGAACCAACACCGAGUCCUUCAGGUGCCCCGAACCCAGAUUAUGAUCCGUCUCAAAAUACUCUUCUCUCCCCAGUCCAUCUCCCAGAAGAUCCCAAUGCGGUGCUCAAAGAGAAUCAUCCAGCGACAAAUUUAUUGGCAAAUUCAGGACUCGUUGUCCAGAGACAACUGGAAAUGAUGACUGUGAUGGUUGGGUUUGAACAAGCCAACAAGUAUGUCAUUAUGGACGCGCAAGGAAACCACAUCGGAUACAUGGCGGAGCAAGAAAAAGGAAUCUCGAAUACAAUGGCACGCCAGAUGUUUCGUACUCGUCGAAGUUUUGUCACACACGUAUUUGACCGACAUGAGAAUGAAGUUCUGCGGUUCCAUCGUCCAUUUUCCUGGAUCAAUUCCCAAAUAAAAGUCUACGAUCCUCUCGAUGUCACGACAUCCGCAUACUCCUCUUCCACAGCCCUCCAAACUACCACGCCCGGUUCUCUUGUGUCCGCUGGCAAUGGCUCGAAUACACGUAUCUCGCCUCUCAGCUUUGACGAAAUGCGCAUAAUCGGCGAGGCUCAAUCACAAUGGGCUCCCCUAAGACGGAAAUACAAUCUCUUCACAUAUCACCAAUCCCCUAACCCAGCGACGGAUAUGGGCACGCAGACCUUCCCUCUCUCUGGAUCAAAUUUGUCUAACACACAACAAAUGCAGCUUGCUCAGACAUCCAACCAAGGCUCAGGCGAGUUCAACCAGUUUGCCUACGUUGAUGAGCCAUGGCUGAGUUGGAACUUUCAUCUUCGCUCUGCUGAAAAUCAAUUGAUUGGAUCAGUGAAUCGUGACUUUUCUGGAUUUGCUCGAGAGAUCUUCACAGACACUGGUGUUUAUGCUUUACGCAUGGAUUCUGCUAGCCUCGGAACCCAAGACUCGGAGACUACAAUAGUGAAACCCACCGGUAUGACUCUUGACCAACGUGCUGUCAUGCUAGCUACCGCUGUCAGCGUCGACUUUGAUUAUUUCAGCCGCCAAAGCAGUGCAGGCGGGUUUGGAUUCAUGCCUCUGUGGUUUCCUGGUAUGGGAGGCGAGGCUGCCGGUGGCGCUGCUGGUGGUGCGGCUGGUGGUGCAGUUGGCGGUGCAGCUGGUGAAGUCGGAGCCGCUGGAGCCGCUGGAGCCAUUGGAGAAGCUGCUACAGGCGCUGUUGGUCGAGCUGGUGCUAUGGGUGGAAUGACAGAUGGAAUGGCAACCGGUAUUGCUGGCGCCGGUGCUAUGGCCGGAUACGAAGCAAUGCAACGCGGUACUGGUGGACAAGAUGGUCAGGCUUCACCUGAGCAACAGCCUGACAUUUCACCUUAUGACCAGCAUUCGCCGCAACAAUCUGGUUUCUACGAGGAUGCAUGGCAAGAACAACAACACCAAGAACAACAAAAUGAAGAUGUCUGGGGCCAAGAAGAACCCUGGAAAGACCAAGGACCAGAAGGUGGAAGUGGAGGUGAAGGAAGUGGCCUGGGCGACUUUUCUGACUGGUUCUGA